AUGGGAAAGAUAAUAUUUUAUGAGGAUAGAAACUUCCAAGGCUGCUCUCAUGAGUGCAUCACUGACUGCUUAGACCUUCAAACGUUCUUCAUCAGAUGCAAUUCCAUCAGGGUAGUGAGUGGCUGCUUUAUGGUGUAUGAGCGGCCAAACUUUACGGGCAACCAGUUCUACCUGAGAAGAGGAGACUACUCAGACAAUCAGCGCGCAAUUGGCAUUGGUGACUGUAUUAGAUCUUGCCGUUCCAUCCCUCAGCAUCAUGGCAACUAUAGGUUGAGGCUUUUUGAGCGUUUUAACAUGUCUGGCCAGAUGCAUGAGCUGGUGGAAGACUGUUCAAACGUCCAGGAGAAGCUCAGCAUGUCCAGUUUUAGCUCCUGCAGCGUGAUGGAUGGCCAUUGGCUCCUUUAUGAUCAACCAAACUACAAAGGCAGAGUGUACUAUCUAAGGCCCGGGGAUUAUCAAAGAUACAGCGACUGGGGAGGCACCAGUCCGAAGAUCGGCUCGAUUAGAAGAAUCACAGAUUUUAAGUAA